AUGGCUUCUUCUUCCCAAAAUCCCUUUGAUGAAACUUAUGAUCAGAUUUAUGAUCAGUUUUACGAAGACACAUUCCAAAACCUCAUAAUUGAUUUAGCUGAUCAAGCAGAGGCAACCUCAUCCAAGAAGAAAAGAGCUUUCAUAGAAAGAAACCGAGAGGAAGGCCAUAUAAGAUUGUGGAAUGAUUACUUCAGCGAAAACGCAAUUUACCCCGAUCACCUUUUCCGGCGACGUUUUAGGAUGAACAAGGCAUUGUUUUUGCGUAUUGUUCAUCGGCUCUCCAACGAAGUCACUUUCUUUAAACAGAAGCAAGAUGCUCGGGGUAGACUUGGUCUAUCGGCACUUCAGAAGUGUACAGCCGCAAUUCGUCUAUUAGCUUAUGGCACGGCACUUGAUACCGUUGACGAAUACCUACGUCUUGGUGCAAGUACAGCCCGUUCAUGUCUGGAAAAUUUUGUUGACGGAAUUAUAAAUCUCUUUGGCGACGAGUACCUCAGAAGACCCACAGCAGACGAUCUUCAACGUCUACUUUAUAUGGGAGAGGAGCGCGGAUUUCCCGGGAUGAUAGGAAGCAUUGACUGUAUGCACUGGGAGUGGAAGAAUUGUCCAACCGCUUGGAAAGGCCAGUAUACACGAGGUUCUGGGAAACCCACAAUAGUCUUAGAAGCGGUCGCUUCAUACGAUCUCUGGAUUUGGCAUGCCUUUUUCGGACCGCCAGGUACCCUAAAUGAUAUAAACGUUUUGGAUCGGUCACCCGUUUUUGAUGACAUUAUAAAUGGUCAAGCUCCGAGAGUUAAUUUUUUUGUCAAUGGAACGGAGUACAAUUUGGCGUACUAUCUGACAGAUGGUAUAUAUCCUAAAUGGGCAGCUUUUGUCCAAUCUAUACCUAAACCACAAGGUCCAAAAGCAUGUUUAUUUGCUGAACGCCAAGAAUCUGCCCGUAAAGAUGUCGAGAGGGCUUUUGGAGUUUUGCAAGCUCGUUUCGCCAUUGUCAAAAAUCCGGCUUUUUUUUGGGAUAAAGAAAAACUUGGAAAGAUUAUGAGAGCUUGUAUCAUACUCCACAAUAUGAUAGUUGAAGACGAACGAGAAGGAUACCGACACUUUAAUGUUCAAGAAUUCCAACAAGGAGAAGGAGGCGGAAGUUCUAAUGUGGAUUACUCGUACUCCACAAACAUGGCAACAAAUAUUAUAAAUAUGAUGGAUACCCGAAGAAAAAUUUGA